AUGAGCAAACGCGCCUCAAGGUCUAAGAACCGCGGCUCUGUACCACGCAAGAGCUCCACCGACUCGCUGCGCAAAGAGUCCACCAACGGACAUGCAAACACCAGCGCGACGAUGAACGGCGUCAUACUCGAACACCGCCGCAAGCAUGACAGCUUUGAUGGCAUCUCGCCCUCUAGCCAGGCUGCGAGCCUCAUGAGCAGCCGUUCCUUCACUCUCGACGAUGAUGUACCGCCGCUGGUUGCCAAGGCGGGUCCGUCGAAGGGCUUCUUUGAGCUAUCGAAGAAGGAUCAGCACAACUUCCUGAUGCUCGUCCUUCUCUACUUCCUCCAGGGCAUUCCCAUGGGAUUGGCGCAUGGAUCGGUACCAUUCCUGCUGAAGAACCUUGUGUCGUACUCGGCCAUUGGUGUCUUCUCGCUCGCGGCGUAUCCUUACUCGCUGAAACUGCUUUGGAGCCCGAUCGUGGAUGCUAUCUGGUCUCCCAGUGUUGGCCGUAGAAAGAGUUGGAUUCUCCCUAUCCAGACCAUAUCUGGGCUCUCGAUGAUCUGGCUGGGCAAGAACAUCAACAGACUGAUGACGCAAGCUAGCGAGUCAGGCAGCAGUGUAUGGACAUUCACAUGGUGCUUUUUUGGUCUUGUGUUUCUCUGCGCUACGCAGGAUAUUGCUGUGGAUGGCUGGGCCCUCACGGUUCUGUCCAAAGAGAACAUCGCAUACGCCUCGACCGCCCAAACGGUUGGCCUUACCGCAGGCCAGUUCCUUUCCUAUACCGUAUUUCUCGCCUUCAACUCGAAAGACUUCGCGAACAAAUGGUUCCGUAGCGCCAGCGCACAAUCUGAGUCCGGUCUUCUCGAACUCGAUAGCUACCUCACUUUCUGGGGCUGGGCGUAUCUCCUUGUGACUCUCGGUCUGGCGCUCAUUAAGCGCGAAGAUCGCGACCGCAACACCGACGGCGUUAAGGAGGUCUACAAGACAAUGUGGGGCAUCUUGAAACUCAAGAACAUCCAGUCCUUCAUCAUCGUCCACCUGAUCGCCAAGAUCGGAUUCCAGGCCAACGACGCCGUCACCAGCUUGAAGCUACUCGACAAGGGCCUCAAGCAGGAGGAGCUCUCUCUGGUCAUCCUGGUCGACUUCCCAGUCGAGGUCUUUUUAGGCUACUAUAUUGGCAAGUGGUGCCAGACAUAUCCGGCCAUGCAUAUCUGGUGCUACGCCUUCCUCGGCCGCCUGUUUGCAGCAGGAUUUUCGCAAUUCGUUGUGUCCAUCUUCCCCGCCGGCGGCGCAACAGGCGGUUUCCUCCUCCUCGUCAUCGCCGAACACGUUCUCUCCACAUUCAUGAACACAGUCAUGUUCGUCGCCGUCAGUGCGUUCCACGCAAAGAUAUCCGACCCGGUCAUUGGUGGUACUUACAUGACACUGCUCGCUACUGUAUCCAACCUCGGCGGCACAUUUCCCCGCUUCUUCGUCCUCAAAGCCGUCGACAUGUUCACCGCCGCUACCUGCACUCCUCCCUCGACACCACCCAAAAUCGAUCUCCUCAAGGGCCCGCUCGUUACGCAGCCAUUCUCGUGUGCAUUGGAACAGGAGAAGGCCCGCUGCAUCAAUGGUGGAGGUGCGUGCAAUGUCACCACCGAUGGGUACUAUAUUGUGAACAUAGUGUGUAUCAUCAUUGGUGUGGUUACGUUCUGGGGCUAUAUUAGGCCCGCAGUAGUGAAGAUACAGGCCUUGCCGUUGAGUGCUUGGAGGAUAGCGCCGUAG